UCUUGUUGGGUAAGAUUGAAACGCGGAUUAGCAUGGAAAACGACGAAGCUGAAGGACAAGAAUCCGAUGAAGACUACGAAGACAGCGAUUACGAGGAGUCCGUUGAUGAGUCCAAAGAAGAAGAGAAAGUUGAGGAGGAACGGGGAUCACUAGAAAACCAGAUAGAACAAUACAAAAUGACGAUAAAGAAAGCUGUUAAAGCAAAGAAAUUCGAAGAUGAGGCGAAUGCUAUGAAUGAUCUAGGCAUUGUUUACUACAAAGUGGGCAGAUAUAAGGAAGCAGUUAACUGUCAAGAACGACAACUCACAUUGGCAAAAUUAAUCAAGAACCAGAGAACAGAGAGACGCGCGCUUUGUAACCUGGGAUGUGCCGCGAAAUGGGCCAAAGAUUACGACCGCGCGCUGGACUGUUUCCAAAAAGGCCUGGAAAUGGCAACGGGUGAAGGAGACAAGAAAGCAGAGGGGAAGUUUUUGAAUAAUAUCGCGAGCGCAUACGAACACAUGGCAGACUUUGAGAAUGCAAUAAAAUAUUAUGAAAUGAGACUUGAACUUGCAAAAUCUAUGAAAGACUCCACAGGCCAGACGAAAUGCUGCGCAAGCAUUGGAAAUGUUUUACACGUCUCGGGAAACAUCAGAGAAAGUAUAAAAUAUUUUGAGCGAGUUGUUGUGUGUAUAAAACUGAAAAUAGCUGCUGAAAAUCAACAAGCGGCCAAAUCACAGGAAGGAUCUGAGAAAGAUGUACGAUCGUUAAGUCGGGCAAGCCAGUUCAGUUCUUGAUGAAGAAGACGACAACACAAAUCUAACUGUCGUUAAAAAAUACGACAAUCGUUGUUUUAGGAAAUAGCAGUGAACACAUUUGCUAUUUCCU